GUGUGUUAAUUUUUUCUCUACGCAACUGGCCAUAAAAAGCUGAGUAUGGUGAAGCAAAUAGUGACCAAAGAACUGUCAGAGAAGGAUUGAGGGCCCUUCUAUCUUGAUGAGUCAUUGUCUGAAUAGUUCUAGAGGAGGUGAUGUUGUGCAACUCUUUCGGUUUCUGAUCUGAAGGGUAACUGUGUUCAGUAGAUGAAAUCUAGUGUCUUAGCAGAUAGCUGAGCAGCACCAUGGAUCUUGAGAAGGCCAAGUGUUGGGACACUUCAAAGAAGAACUCUUGGAAGAAUACACUGCUCUUAGCAUACCAGAGCCUUGGCGUGGUAUAUGGGGACCUGAGCAUUUCCCCUCUCUAUGUCUACAAGAGUGCAUUCGCAGAAGACAUUCAACAUUCAGAAACCAAUGAAGAGAUAUAUGGUGUACUUUCCUUUGUGUUCUGGACUCUUACUCUAGUCCCUCUUGUCAAGUAUGUCUUCAUAGUCCUUAGAGCCGAUGAUAAUGGAGAGGGUGGUACUUUUGCACUCUAUUCACUGAUAUGUAGGCAUGCCAAAGUAAGCCUUCUACCGAAUCGUCAGCUAGCUGAUGAGGCAGUCUCUACUUAUAAAUUAGAGCACCCACCGGAGAAGGAAAAACGUUCCUGGUUGAAAGUGAUACUUGAGAAGUCGAAGACCUUGCAUACUGCUUUGCUGGUUCUUGUUCUUCUUGGCACUUGUAUGGUAAUUGGUGAUGGAGUGCUCACUCCUGCCAUGUCAGUCUUUUCUGCAGUGUCUGGCCUGGAAUUAUCCAUGUCCAAGGAGCAUCACUUGUAUGCUGUGGUUCCAAUUACUUGUUUCAUAUUGCUAUGUCUAUUUGCACUUCAACACUAUGGAACACAUCGCGUUGGAUUCUUUUUUGCACCAGUCGUGGUGGCGUGGCUUCUGUGCAUUAGUGCUCUUGGCUUAUAUAACAUAUUCCAUUGGAAUCGGCAUGUCUAUCAAGCUCUUUCACCAUAUUACAUGUUCAAGUUCUUGAGGAAGACAAGAAUAAGUGGAUGGAUGUCUCUAGGUGGUAUAUUGCUGUGCAUAACAGGUUCAGAGGCAAUGUUUGCUGAUCUUGGCCACUUCUCUUAUUCUGCCAUUCAGGUUGCUUUUACCUUUUUGGUGUAUCCGGCACUUAUAUUGGCAUACAUGGGUCAAGCUGCUUACUUAUCGCAACAUCAUCACAGCAACCACCAGAUCGGCUUUUAUAUCUCAGUUCCACAUAUUGUGCGAUGGCCGGUCCUUGUACUAGCCAUUCUUGCUUCUGUUGUGGGAAGCCAAGCAAUCAUCAGUGGAACAUUUUCUAUCAUAAACCAGAGCCAGUCACUUGGUUGCUUCCCUAGGGUUAAGGUUGCUCACACUUCUGACAAGAUACACGGCCAGAUUUAUAUCCCUGAAAUCAAUUGGAUGCUCAUGAUCCUAUGCAUUGCGGUUACCAUUGGAUUCAGAGACACAAAACACAUAGGAAAUGCAUCAGGGUUAGCUGUGAUGGCAGUUAUGCUAGUGACCACAUGCCUAACUUCAUUGGUGAUCAUCCUUUGUUGGCACAAACCACCUAUUCUAGCCCUUUGCUUCCUACUCUUUUUUGGGUCAAUUGAAUUGCUGUACUUCUCAGCUUCGCUUACCAAGUUCCGUGAGGGUGCCUGGCUCCCCAUUCUUCUCGCCCUGUUCCUGAUGACCAUCAUGUUUGUUUGGCACUAUGCAACUAUCAAGAAGUACGAAUAUGAUCUCCACAACAAGGUUUCAUUAGAUUGGCUUUUAGCCUUGGGUCCAAGCUUGGGAAUAGCUCGGGUCCCUGGAAUUGGCCUUGUGUUCACUGAUCUCACAUCUGGCAUUCCUGCUAACUUCUCCCGCUUUGUGACAAACCUCCCUGCUUUCCACCGCAUCCUAGUAUUUGUGUGUGUAAAAUCAGUCCCCGUUCCUUAUGUGCCUCCUGCUGAGCGCUACCUGGUGGGUCGUGUUGGUCCUGCAGCUCAUCGGUCCUAUAGGUGCAUUGUUCGGUAUGGAUACCGUGAUGUUCACCAGGAUGUUGACUCAUUUGAAUCCCAGCUAGUUGAUAAGCUGUCUGAUUUCAUUCGAUAUGAUUGGUAUCGCCCUCGUAGAACUAGCUCAUGCACUGAAGAUGAUGCAUCCCGCUCUACAGAUUUGAGUGAGUGUAGAUUGGCUGUGAUUGGAACAGUAGCAUACUCUGGGGUACCAGCUUAUGAGAUGGAGGAGACUCAGCAGACUAGUGUAUCUGCUGGUUUUGCUACUGAUGAAAGUAUCACAGAUGUCAUAGAGAUGGCAUCCGUGGAAAGAAGAGUGAGGUUCGCAAUUGAUGAUCAUGAUUCUCAGGCGGAUACGCCAACUGACAAUGAAAUGCUACGAGAAGAGCUCCACGACCUGCAUGAAGCUCAGCAAGCUGGGACUGCAUUUAUACUCGGGCAUACACAUGUUAAAGCAAAGCAGGGCUCGUCUGUGAUAAAGAGGUUGGCCAUCAACUUUGGAUACAAUUUCAUGAGGAGGAACUGCAGGGGGGCGGACGUGGCGCUCAAGGUGCCACCAGUGUCGCUUCUUGAGGUUGGUAUGGUUUAUGUUGUUUAGGCCACAGAUGUAAGUACCCAGAUAGUUUUGUCUUUGUUUCCGAUGAAAAGGUCAUUGUGUAGUUAAAAUGGUUUGUAGAGGAGUGUUUAGCUGCUAUAAUCACAGAUGCUGCAAGAUGAAAUUACCAUCAGGACCUGUAAAAAU